UAAUAAGUCUAUCAAUGGAAGAAAUUAGUCAUCUCCAGUCAGCACAAUCAAAAGCAAUCAAAUCCGGCGACGAUGAAGAACUUGCCGAGAUCUCUCUCCGACCAUUGGAUCUUUCCGACAUCGACGACUUCAUGGUCUGGGCCAGCGACGAAAAAGUCGCCCGUUUCUGCACUUGGGAUCCUUACACCAGCAAAGAAGAAGGCAUGAAUUUCAUCAAGAACGUGGUGAUACCCCACCCAUGGUUCCGAGCAAUCUGCCUCAACAACAGACCCAUCGGCUCAAUUUCAGUGUUGGCGUUUUCAGGCACCAAUAGGUGCAGGGGGGAACUUGGGUAUGCUUUGGGAUCCAAGUACUGGGGCAAAGGGAUCGCGACGCAAGCUGUGAAAUUGGUCGUCGGAAGCAUAUUCAGGGAAUGGCCGCAUCUAGAGAGGCUUGAGGCGCUGGUGGUUGUGGAGAAUAUUGGGUCGCAGAGGGUGCUGGAGAAGGCUGGGUUUACAAGGGAAGGGGUUUUGAGGAAGUAUGUUGUGCUCAAGGGAAGAACAAGAGACAUUGUCAUGUUCAGUCUUCUCUCCACUGAUCAAGUUUCAAUAUCGACCACUUCUUUGCAUCUUUAAUUUUUUUUUUUUUUUGUUAUUAUCUGAUUUAAUUAAGCAUCUUGAUAAAUGUAAAACCCAUUAUUGUUAAUACUAGUAAUUAUAUUGUCUCAUAGUUAAUAAUGAUAAUCCUGAUUUGCGGAAUGAACAUUGCAGUUGACAUGGCAAAACAAAGAAGGGUUUACAACUUUACAUAUUCUGUGCUCUUUUAUAGGAAGUAAUAAUUGUAUAAUUAUUAU